AUGUUCACUAGAACCACCACCACUACUGACCCCUACUUGAUCUUCGGCCACCCAUCAAUCGGCCGCCGUCCUCCGCCCGCCGGCGCCGCCAGGUGGCAGAGCAGCAUCACUGAGGCGGCCCCCAGCUGCCCCCGCUGCGCCUCUGCCAACACCAAGUUCUGCUACUACAACAAUUACAGCCUCUCCCAGCCUCGCUACCUCUGUAGAGCCUGCCGCCGCUACUGGACCAGGGGUGGGUCCCUCCGCAGCGUCCCAGUCGGAAGCGGCCGCCGGAAGAGCCGCCGAGCAAGGUCCGCCCGGCCCGGCCCGAAACCCGAUACCGGGCUCGAAUCCGGCCCGUGGAUCGCCGACAGCUUGGCCGAGUACGCGAGCCCGAGCGCGGAGGGAGACGAACCGAGCACCGAAUCGCCGGGAAAUUGCAUCCGGAUCGAGGGCGGCGGCGAGGUUUUCGAGUACCAUCGGAAGGCAGCGACCAUGGAUGGCUCGAUCGAUCGGGCGCUCGAUCAGUUUUCCGCGGGGCCAGAGAUGGACGGCGCGGAUUUCGCGUGCCAUGGUUUCGGCCCGUUCGGAUCGUGGCAGGGACAGUUCUGCGAUGACGUGGCGGCGGGAGUGUUGGGGCCGUCGGAGGGUACAAGUGUGCCGGAUUUUGGGGACGAGGUACAACAGGGGAUACAGUUGCCGGGUUUCGGGUUGUUUUCGGGUGAUGACCCGUUUCGGGUCUCUGCGAAUCUACUGGGCGACCCGUUCGAUUUGUCUGCUUAUGAGCUUUAUUACUCCAAUCCUUGA